AUGACAUAUCCAACUGAUUCUUCACCAUGGGCGGUAUCUGUUGGUGAUUUCAACAACGAUACCAUACUUGAUAUCGUCGUUGCGAAUCAUGACAAUGACACUGUUGGUAUAUUUCUUGGAUGGGGUAAUGAUCGCUGGUGUGCCAUAAGUGUAUCUCAAAAAUCAAAGUCGAAGCUACUCAAUUGCCAUCGUUUACUUCUAGCAGUGAUUAUAAGAUGUUUAGGUGGCAAAACUCAAGUAGGUCUAUGUCCUGGUGUCGCCAACAUUCAAUGCUGUAGCUGUACAACAUGUAAGGAUGCAGCAGCCUGUAGAGCUGGUGGUGGAACACCUCAUGGGGGUAUUUGCCCUGGCGCUGCGAAUAUACAAUGCUGCAAGGGAGGAGGUUCCACUCCAACUGAUCCUGGCACUAGUAAGCCAAUUAACACGAUGCUUACAGGUUUGGCUGAUAUACUUCGAGGUGCUGGUCUCAACGUUGUUGAAGUUGCUGGCUGGAAGACUCGUGGACAUGGUAUGAUGAGUUCAGUAAAGGGUAUUAUUGUUCACCAUACAGCAGGUCCAGCGACAGGCGAUUUUCCCUCAUUAGCGGUCGUUCGAGACGGUACUUCUAGUCUUGCUGGUCCGCUUUCACAGCUCGGAUUGGGCCGUACUGGAACUUGUUAUUUAUUUAAUCUAGAUGAAUCAAUUGAUUUCUUAAUUGAAAAUUCUGAAGAUUGGGAUUCAUCAAUAAUAAAUGAUGAUGAUGAUGAUAUUGGAAAAAGACUUUUAAAUAUUUAA